AAAGAUUGCUCACAAGGUGUUCGAUAAAAUAUAUGAAUGACAUCUUUUCGGUAAAAAGACUUUAAUAAGAAGAACUCUACGUUGAAUCAAACACAAAUUAGUUUCCAUCCUUUGUUUGGAGUUGCAGGCUCUUUACCAUUCUGAUCAUGUCGACGAAAGAAUGUGAUAUCUAUAAGAUUAUCAACAUCUUAUCUCAGUUAGACUCCGACCUGAAGAAGAUACCUGUAUCCGAUAAAGUUAUUAGCCACAAGGAACAACAAGGCGAACCAAGUGAGGAAAAAAGAUCUUGGUGGGUUCGUGUCAGAGGAAGUUUGAAAAGAAUUGGUAAGGCGAAGAAGGAGGCUUUCAACAAUGCUAGUGACAGUGGAGGUAGUCAAGGUGGAAGCAGAAGAAGCGUGCAAAACAUUGAAGAAGAUCAAAAGAAUGAAGACCUCGAGAUCCGGAAAUUGCAGAAUGACAUUCGUCAGAUGAUAGCUGCAUUUAAGAAUUUAACUCAGUUUCAAACUGAUAUGAGCAAGAAUUUGGAGCGUGAUCUUCGUUCAACUAAGUUAAUAGCAAUACUACAAAAGAAGAACUCGUUCGGAUCCCGCUCUCACGUUGUCAAGGAAAUCAGAAGAAAGGUCUCCGCCUUGAAGUGCCAGAUCCCAUCAUUGCUCCACAAACAAUCAUCAAGAAAGAUAAGCAUCACGGAUUCUCAAACCGCUGAGGAAAAUGAUGAGAUCAGUGAGACCGGGAUUGACAUAUACUUGCCGGGCCUCCACUUCUCUGAAAAAUUCAAAACUUCCUCUGCUUUUGAAGAAGUUGUUGAGAAAUUUCAAGGCCUUGAUGACUUCACUCAGAAGCUUUGCUUGCUUUCCUUCGCCGUGUUCCCGGAAAACAGAGAGGUUAAAAGGACAAUGUUGAUGUAUUGGUGGAUCGGAGAAGGUUUUAUCAGCUGUGAUGAUUCUGAAAACUUAGUAACGAGAAUUCUUGAUUCAUUCUCAGACAAAAAAUUACUUGAGCCGGUCGAAGAUGAGAGGAAACUGCUACCAAGUAGUUAUAAGAUGGAGCCUCAUGUGCAUUCUGCAGUUAUAUACUUAGCCAAAGAAAUGGAUCUAUUUGAACUAUAUAACAAGAAUGGGAAGCUUAUCAUGAAGAAAUCAUCGAAGAAAAAGGUCUGCCUAGUAAAAGGUUCCUCGUUGCUACGAGACGCAAAAACAUCUGUUAUGGAACCAAAAACCUUGCAGACGGUUUUCAAUUCCUCUGAACGGUACCCAGACUUCACAUUCAAGUGGUUUCCAUUAAUGGAUUCACUUAGAGUGCUUUACUUGGGAAGAUGGGAGCAGACAGCUAAGCGCCACAUUGAAGUUGAGAGCACAGAGUUUCUUAAAAAUAUGAAGUCCCUGAAGAAUCUGAGGCUUGCAAGUUUUCAAGGGAUCUCGAGGAUAGAAAGGCUCGAGAACUCAAUUUGCGCACUCCCCGAGUUAGUGAUCUUGGAUCUUAAAGCAUGCUACAAUCUAGAGGUUCUUCCUAGUGAUAUAGGCUUGUUUGAGAAACUGAUUUACUUGGAUGUAUCAGAGUGCUAUAUGCUAGAUCGCAUGCCUAAGGGGAUUGCAAAACUCUCCAGAUUACAAGUUCUGAAAGGAUUUGUGAUUAGUGAGUCGGAUCAUGAAAAUAAUUGUGCAGUUAAACAUCUGGUGAAUCUAAGGAAGCUAAGCAUAACAGUAAACAAAUACUCUUUUAAGGUGGAAAGUCUGAUGGAGUCGUUGACAGGACUCCAGGGACUUGAGAGUCUGAAAAUUGCGUGGGGAGCUUGUGAAGAACCUAAUGAAGCAGUUGAGUCUAGAGAAACAACAAACGAGAAGAAGGAGAACCAAGGAGGUCUUGCAACGGACAAGAAACUCAAAGACCUGAUGGAACGAGAAGAUGACCAAGUGCAGAAUUAUGGACAGACGAGCAAGGAGGAGAAAGGAAAUGUUGAAGAAACAGGCAAGCAAGAAGAUGGAGAUCAAGGAGAUGGAAUAAAUGAAGAAGCUAAUCUGGAAGACGGGAAGAAGCAUGAUGAGGGAAAAGAAGAGAGAUCAUUAAAAUCUGACGAGGUCGUCGAGGAAGAGAAGAAGACAAGUCCUUCCGAAGAGGCAACAGAGAAGUUCCAAAACAAGCCAGGCGAUCAGAAAGGGAAGAGCAAUGUGGAGGGAGAUGGGGAUAAAGGGAAGGCUGACCUAGAAGAAGAAAAGAAGCAAGAUGAAGUAGAAGCAGAGAAAUCGAAAUCAGAUGAAAUUGUCGAGGGAGAGAAGAAGCCAGAUGAUAAAAGCAAAGUAGAAAAGAAAGGAGAUGGAGACAAAGAAAAUGCUGAUUUAGAUGAAGGAAAGAAACGAGAUGAGGUAGAAGCAAAAAAAUCGGAAUCAGGCAAAGUUGUGGAGGGAGAUGGAAAGGAAAGUCCACCACAAGAAUCUAUAGACACGAUCCAGAACAUGACAGAUGAUCAAACCAAAGUGGAAAAGGAAGGAGAUAGAGACAAAGGGAAAGUUGAUCCAGAAGAAGGAAAGAAGCAUGAUGAGGUAGAAGGAGGUAUCUGGAAAUCAGACAAUGGUGUUGAAGGAGUUGAUAAGGCUAGUCCUUCCCGGGAAUCCACAGACGCGAUCGAGAACAAGCCAGAUGAUCACCAAAGAGGUGACAAACAAGAAGAGAAAGGAGAUGGAGAAAAGGAGAAGGUUAAUCUAGAAGAAUGGAAGAAGCACGACGAGAUAAAAGAAGAGAGCUCAAAACAAGACAAUGUUACCGGUGGAGAUGUGAAGAAAAGUCCACCAAAAGAAUCCAAAGACACAAUGGAGAGCAAGAGAGAUGAUCAGAAAGAAAAUAGCAAAGUGCAGGAAAAAGGAGAUGUAGACAAAGGGAAGGCGGCUGAUCUAGAUGAAGGAAAGAAGGAAAAUGACGUAAAAGCAGAGAGCUCAAAAUCAGAUAAGGUUAUCGAGGGAGAUGAGGAGAAAAAUCCACCGCAAAAAUCGAAAGACAUAAUCCAGAGCAAGCCAGAUGAUCACCGAGAAAUUAGCAAAGUGCAGGAAAAAGUAGAUGGAGAAAAGAACGGAGAUGAUUUAAAGAAGCUUGAUGGGGGAGGAGAAGCAAAGACUCAGAAGUCACGCAAAACCACUAAGUUUGGUAAGAAUGUGUCUGAUCAUCCGAAAAGAGACAACACAAUGGCGGAAGAUAUUCAUGAAACACAAUCACCAUCCAGGAAAUCAAAGUCAAGCAAAGCAAAAUGGUUAACGGGAAGGGGAAACCAAACCAAGAAAUGGGGAAUAGGAUGGCAAGAAGAUCCAGUAGUAGAUGACACCUAUACACUUCCUUCUAAUUUGAAGAAGUUGGAGCUAGAAUGUUUCCCUGAAACAAAACCUCCGAGUUGGUUAAAUCCCAAAGAUCUGAAAAAUCUUAAAAAGCUCUCCAUCAAAGGAGGAAAACUUAGCCGAAUCGGUGAUGAGAGUCGAAUCACAGAAGAUAAAUGGGACGUUGAGAUCUUGCGUUUGAAGUAUCUGCAUGAAUUCAAGGUUGAGUGGAGAGAUUUGCAAACUCUGUUUCCAAAAAUGACACUGUUGGAGAAAUAUAAAUGCCCCAAAAUCGCAUUCUGUCCCACAGAUGGUAAUGGAGUCUGGACGUCGUCACCAAAUAUGUGAAGAUAACCGCAAAAGCCUUUGUAACUUCUUUAG